AUGGCACAGAUAUAACCAUUCUCCUCUAAUAGAAUAGGCAGAGCUUGUAAGAAAAUUUGAUAGCAUAUUAGUCCCAAUAAUUUAGUGUAUACAGGAUGUCUAUCAAAAGAAAAUUAUAUAUACCGAUAUUGAAUAUAUUGUUCUAGGGAAAACAAAGCUCUAAAUAUAAAGUGAAUUGCAUUGCAGAUGUUACUUUGGUGAAUAUGGACUCAAAAUAAAGAUUUAAAUUCAUUUAUUUUUAUUUAUGAAAUAUAGAUUAAGUUUAUAACAGAAUGCCACAGGAUGA